AUGUAUCCUCACACGAGUACCUUUGGUGCCGCAGCUCAAACACCUGCUUUUGGUCAAUUUGGAUUUUCGCAACAGGCCACGUCAAAGCCUUUAGCAUUCGGUGGAUUUGGUGCUAGCACUCAAAUCACCCAACCGACCCCUUUUGGGUUGAGCGGUGGAACACAACCAACUCCUUCAAAUAUAGGAAUAUUUGGAGCCGGUAACGUAGGGCAGCAAUCCACAUCAAAUGCAUUUGGAAGUCUCUUUGGUGUAGGGUCACAAUCAACCGCACCAAUUGGUGGAAAUCUUGGGCGACCAAUAUUGCCGGCAUCUACAGCUUCUGUUUUCACUGGUAAUGUAGCAGCAGGAAGUUCUAAUGUUGGGAUGUCCAGUUCUUUAAAUCAGGUUGGAUCGACCAUUACCUCACAAUCACAAACAACUCAACAAUUAACACCUUAUGAAGAAUUAUCUCGACUAAUUAGUGCAUGGAGUCCUGAAAGUAUAGAUUGCCGAUUCCAAAGCUACUUUUAUAAUAUGGUUCAUCCAGCUGAAGUUCAAUUUUAUACCCAACCCUCCAGCAUGCCCCAAGCACUUUGGAAUGAGGCACAAGCAAAUAAUCCAGACAGGACAAUGCAAGAUGUCAAAAAACGACUUGCUGUACAAGAAGAAAUAACAGCUAAAGCCAAUGUAAAGUUUAAGGAAUAUGGUGCUAAACUCGAAGAUAUGAAGCGUAAGCAUAAUUUAGAAACUUUAGUGAGGAUAGAAGAUCGUAAACGAAAACAUAUUGAAUUGACACAGAGAGUGAUUAAGCUUAUGAGGCGAAUUCAAGUGUUGCGAUUAAGUGGAACACUAAUUCGAUCCGAUGAAGAAGCUUUAAAAGGGCGAUUAGAAGAUAUAAAGCAACAACUACAAAGGUCGUCAAGGAAGCUUGAAACACUCAAAACACAAUAUAAUGUAACAAAAUUACAAUGGGGAGUUCGAGAACCACCAGUGACUCAUAAAUUUAAUGCAGUAAAUGAUAAUCAAUUAGAAAAUAUUAUAAAGGUGCUUGACACCGAACAAACAGGAAUAGUUCAUGAUAUUGAAACAUUAAAAAAGGAUUCUAAAGACAUUGAUGUUAUUCUUCGCCACCUCAAUGAUGUUCCAUAA